AUGAAUGAUGAAUUGAAUGAUAAGAAUGGAACGAAUGAAAUAAAUGAAGUACUCUCUUUGGAAAAUGGCCAUUUACAUGAAUACAAUUUAAAAAAUAGUGAAUUAAGAUUGGAUAAUUCUAAAGAUGCUAAUAAUGAAGUGCUGGAACAAGAAGAUAGUGAAUUCGUUAAUGGACAUCAAGAAGAUAAGGAGAGGCUGGGCGGCGGCGGGCUGGGCCUGGGCGGCGGCGGGUUCCGCGGCGGCGCGCAGCCCUCCCUGGCUGACUUUCAGCCGCCAUACUUCCCGCCACCCUUUGCGCCAGCCGCACACCCCGCGCACGCAGCACACCCUGCUCACCCCGCACACCCAGCCAGCCCGCACCACCAGCAACAGAGCCAUGGCAUGGAUUACGGCGGUGGUGGUGGCGGGGAGUACGGGCAACACUACGCGCCGCAGCAACUGCUGCCGCGACACCACGCGCACCACGAGACUCAUGCGCACCUCAGACACCACAGGGACCACCAUGACAUUCAUUCGCAUCACUUAUCGCACGGGGGCUUUGGCUACGGCGGUGGUGAACGGCGAUCGGACUACGGAGCGCGGGAACAACAUGAACUGGCCUUACAUCAUGCGUUACACUCCACAGACGAAACACAGAACGCCGGCAUGGAUGAUACGACGGGAUUCAUGACGGAUUUACCAUUAUUAAAAACAAUGAAAGGUCGCGACGGUCUCGGCGGUAGUGGUUCGUGCGCGCCUAACGACGUGUUCUGUUCAGUUCCGGGUCGACUGUCGCUCCUCUCUUCUACCAGCAAGUAUAAGGUGACGGUAGCUGAAGUACAGAGGCGACUAUCACCGCCCGAAUGUCUCAACGCGUCUUUAUUAGGUGGAGUACUGAGGCGGGCGAAAAGUAAAAAUGGCGGCAGAUUACUUCGUGAGAAACUAGAAAAGAUUGGCCUCAACUUACCAGCUGGGAGACGGAAAGCUGCCAACGUUACCUUACUAACGUCACUAGUUGAAGCGGAGGCGGUACAUUUAGCUCGGGACUUUGGCUACGUGUGCGAGACAGAGUUCCCGGCGCGUGCGCUCGCUGAGUACCUCGCGCGGCAGUACGCAGAGCACGACGCCAGGAGACGACGGGAUUUGUUGCAAGCUACUAAACAGGUGACCAAGGAGCUGAUGGACCUGCUGAACCAGGACCGGUCUCCGCUCUGCAACACGCGGCCGCCGCACCUGCUGGAGCCGGCAGUACAGCGACAUCUCACACACUUCUCUCUCAUCUCACACGGCUUCGGAGGACCCGCCAUUGUCGCCGCCCUCACAGCUAUACAGAACUUUUUAAAUGAAUCACUGAAGCACUUAGACAAAUUAUACCCUCAAAGUGGCAUGGUGACAUCAUCUAUGGACAAAACUAAAAUGGAUCCCGACAUAAAAAAGUAACAUAAGAACAAAAAUGGCGUACUCAGUGUGUCACACGAACGCGCCUUUCAAAUGAAUAUGGACUUCCGUUCGAAAAUGUUGCCAGUGUAUAAAUUUAUUUUUGACAGGUUAAAAUAAAUUUAAUAAAAACGAAGUAAUGAUAAU